AUGCAAGAGCAAAGAGUUAUAGAAGCCAAGAUAAGAAUGAGGGAGAAAGAAAUGCAAGAUGGUGAAGAGAAAAUGCAGAAACGUUUGGAAUCAUGUUCCUCUAGCACAAGCGCAUUGACUGGUGAAAUGGAAUAUGUUUCAGCUUCUGCUACAUCUUAUAAUUCUCCCAUGGAAGAUGCGGAAGCUGCUUCAUCCCAGAACAAAAGUCUUGAGAGGGACAAGAGCUGUAUGGAGUGUGAAGAGGACUGUUAUGAUAAGCAGCUUCAUGGUUGGUAUGGUGCUUUGCAGAGGCAACUUCAGAGGUCUCAGUAUCAAAUGCGGUAUAGCAAAUCCGUUCAAGCUACAAUUUGGAUACUUCUGUUAGCUUUUCUUAUAGUGGUAGUGGCAGUGCACAGAAUGUAG